AUGGCAGCUAGAAGAGUUACCAUUCAGGAGGAAGGAGCUCCUGAUUUUACAAUGCAACCGUUUCAAGCGCUUCAUCCAGCGGAUGACAAUGAGACUCUCUUUGAAUGCUGGGAGCGCUUCGAUAAUCUUCUGGAAGCAUGCCCCCACCACAUGAUUGACAAAAUCGUGCUACUCAGCUAUAUCACACAAGGUAUGAGGCCCCAAGAUAAGACCACAUUGGAAAGUGCCAGCAAUGGGUCUAUGAAGAAGUACAAGACCACUGAUGAAACUUGGCAAUUGAUCAGUAAUUUAGCUGAAUCUACUCGGAAUCACAGACAGAAGCAAGGUCGUUCAAGGGCCGUUACAGAAGUAUCUUCUGGCAUAGAGACUGCUGCUCUAAAUCGAAGCAUCUGUGAAAUGACCAACCUGCUGAAGCAAAUGCAGUUAAAUCAACAAGCUCAGCAAACUCAACCGCAGCAAAACCAACAACUAGUUCCACAAAGAAUUUGCAGAAUUUGUGCCGAUUACAGUCAUUACACUGAUGAAUGCCCGCAGCUCCAACAAGAAGACAACAUGGACAAUUCAAACCAGAAUUGGAGGGACAACAAUAAUAGGGGAGGCAGAGAUAAUCAGGGAAAUCAGAGGUGGAAUAAUUACAACAACAGGCAGCAAAAUCAACCUUACCGAGCAUCUCACCUGAGGCAAAACCAAGGACCACCGAACAAUCAGCAGCAAACCUCUCAAAUUACUCAUUCUUCUGUAUCUUCUAAUGAAGAUUUAUUACAAGCUUUUGAGAAAAGACAACUGGCCAUGGAAAAUACCAUCGUGAACAGUAUUAACGCCAGUCUGAAUGGUUUCACCUCUACUCUGCAAGCUUUUAUGACACAACUUGGUUCAACAAAAAAUUCCAGUAACCAACCUUCAAGCACCACUGGAAUCCCCUCUCAACCAUUACCCAAUCCAAAGGAAGGCAUUAAUUCCAUCACCCUGAGGUCCGGAACCACACUGCAGAAGAGGAAUCAGGAGGAACCAAGCUCACCAGAAUACGCCUCAGCUGAAGAGGUGGUAGAAAUCGAAGAUGUUUCAGAGGAAGAGGAUAUAUAG